AGUAGUAAUUAAGAGCACAUGAUGGAUAAUUUACUUAAAUGGGUUUACUUCUUUUUAUUAUUUUCAUCAAUACCUCACGUAUUAUCAUCAUAUUAUGAAGCUAAAUUUAUAAGCAAAGCUAAACUAAAACAAGAAUUAGCAAAGAUACAAGACGCUGUCGACAUAGAUUUAUCAGAACAUAUUGAUAUUGUAGAUAACAAUAUGAAAUAUUUCGAGAUCAGAGUAGACGACGAAUAUGAAUAUGCUAUGUAUACCAUUGAUAGGUCUUUGGAUGAAGCUUUGAAGAAAAUUAGGCAAAUUGUAGAAAUUGCUAUGAAUCUAGGUACUUCUGUUACAGAGUGCAUUGAAGAUAUAGAGGAAUAUUUUUCAGAGUUGGAAGAUAUUUCAUCAACGGAGGUUAGGCAGUGUUUUAAAACAGUGCCGGUCAUAACUAAAACGUUAUGUGAUAACCAAUUUUGGGAAGUAAGAAUUGAGAUUGAAGAUACGUUGCAAGAUAUUAAAAAAGGUAUAGAUAAAUGUAUCUUGAUGUGCCAAGAUAAAAUGUUGACAAAAAUGAAUGAAAAGAAAGAAUAUUUAUUGGAUGCUAUUUCUAAAAAAACUGAAGAUGUAUUGGGAAGCAUCAGUGAUUUCGAUGCUGUCAAUGAAUUGUGUCCUUUAGAUGAAUAUUUGGAAAAAAUAGAUAUGAAAAUCGCGGAUGUUUACAAGUGUCUUGGAAGUCCAUAAAGUGUUUAGUA